AUGGCCUCCCAGUACCAUUUCGACAGAUGCUACGAUACCGUUUCCUGCGCAACUUCGCGAAAGAAGAAAGUCAAUAGUAUUGAGCAGUGCUUAGACUAUUGUCAUGGUCCUGGGUCAGAUUAUGACGCAUGGGUAGUAUCUCUGGUUCCAGGUAAAGAUAAGUAUACUUGUAAAUGCUUUGCUAGUAAUGCCCCUGGGGAGGGUAAUCAUCACUGUGGCCCGGCAGAUGCCUUCAGGUUUUACAAAACAUGA